GAAAGAAGAGAAACAUACACUUUCUUCUUCUUCAAUCUGAACACACAUUUUGGAAAAUUUUGAUGUAAGAGUUCUGUUUGCAACGGUUUUCUCUGAGAUCUUCUUCCCAGAGGUUCUAUCAGAAGAAGAAGGAUAAAGUUUCAUUUCAAACUCAAUGGAAAACGACAACACUUUUAGCUCUCUGGAUAAUGUCAUGACUAACCAAAAUAAUCUUCUCAUGGAUUUGAUACCUUCAAGAGAAGAUUCCACUUCAUUUUCAUCAAUGCUUCCAUGGAAUUUCAUGAGACCAGAUCCUCUACAAAUGGGUGGAUUUGAUAUUUUCAAUUCUUUUCUCACUAACAAGUACUUAUCAUCUACUUCAAGCUCUAUCAAUGUUCAAGAAAGCUUUGAGGUCAUGGCUCCUCCUCCUCUUCUUCCAUUUCAUCAUUUGGAUCAUUUAAGACCAUAUGAUGAUUCCUCAAACAACAUGUGGAGUUUUGGAGAAAAUAGUGGAUUUCAUCCAUAUUCAUGUGUAGAAGGUGUUGAGGGUCCUAGUGAACCAAUAGCAUCUACAUUUGCUGAAGAAGAUGUUUCUGAUGAGUGCUCAGAGAUAAAUCCUUAUGGUGCUACCAAAAUGACCUCAGAGCAAGCUUCUUCGAGCAGCAAAGACAUUUCUAAUAAUGUCUCUCAUGUUAUAUUUGGCUCGAAGUACCUUCACUCUGUUCAAGAAAUACUAUCUCAUUUCGCCACAUACUCCCUCAACAACUUAGAGAAUCAUCCUCAAUGCUACUUUUCAUCUCAAGGAACUGAGUCAGGGGCUGCUGAUUCAGCCUUUACUGCGUUUCUUGAAGGCGGUUUUGAUCAAAGACGAGCACUAGAAACAAAGAAAAGGAAUCUCUUGAAUCUUCUUCAAAUGGUGGAUGAUAGAUGUAGUCAUUGCGUUGACGAGAUUCAUACAGUUGUAUCAGCUUUCCAUGCAGCAACCGAGUUAGACCCGCAGCUACACACCCGGUUUGCACUCCAAACCAUCUCGUUCCUAUACAAGAACCUGAGGGAGAGAAUCAGCAAGAAGAUACUUAUGAUGGGAUCAGUUUUAGAGAGAGGCAAAGAGAAGUCUCAAGAAAACUCACUCAUCCACCAGCAUUGCCUUCUUCAGCAGCUGAAGCAUAAGAACCAUCAGAUAUGGAGACCGCAACGAGGCUUGCCUGAGAAAUCAGUCUCGGUUCUAAGGACUUGGAUGUUCCAAAACUUUCUUCACCCUUACCCAACGGAUUCAGAGAAACAUCUUCUUGCUAUACGAAGUGGAUUGACAAGAAGUCAGGUAUCAAACUGGUUUAUAAAUGCGCGGGUUAGGCUAUGGAAGCCCAUGAUAGAAGAGAUGUACGCAGAAUUGAACAAGAGGAAGCUGAACAACACUCAACUUCAAGGCAAUGGAGGAAGUCGUAGGAUACCAAAGUCCAUAAUGAUGACCCAAGAAAGGAACAAAUAGGAUAAUGAUUAUGUGGUAACUUGUAACGCAAUCGCUACUAUAAUUAUCAGACAAACUAAGUAUUAUGAUUGCUUAUGUUAUAAUUGUAUAUACAACUUCUCUUUUAUCUCAACUAUUUCAUAAUUCUUUUGGCA